AUGGAGGGAGCGGCAGCUGACCUCCCGGACCUUGAGGAGACCGCCAGGGCCCAUGGCGUUGAGUUUGAGUCGGAGCAAGCUGCAGAACAGGCGGUGGUUGAUGUCAAGGAGGGAGACGAGGAAGCGGAGGCCGACAAAGCACGCUGGGAGGCCAUGUUCCAGCACGCGGAUCCUGGUGCUUCCCAUGGGCCCUUCCAUGCCUGCCUUGACUUCUGUGAUCACUUAAGCGAGAAGAUCCGCAACGAGAUUGAGACAACGUUUGCCCACAUGGGUCUCCUUCUGGCUGAUCACGCCCUCAAAUUUUGCUUUGCAGGAAUCGCUUUCGCCUUGCUUUGCAUGACAGGGCUGCCAUUUGUCAAGUUCGAAAGGGACGUCAACGAGAUGACGCUAGAGCAAAACUCACAAACUUCAAAGGACUACUUUGAAGGAGAAGACAUCUUCAAGACAUCCCUGCCAGAACUGGAUCGUCGUCUGGCAGUCUUGUACUCAGUGCCAGAGGGCAAGAACCUGCUGGAUUCACCAUAUUAUGAGCAAGCGCUUGCAAUUCACCAUGAAAUUCUGACAAAUGUGACUUCCAAAGUGCACGACGAGGCAUACCCCAAGCAUUGCAAUCGCUUCUUCGACAACCCAAAUGAGUCGUGCAUUGUUUUUUGCCCGCUCGAUCUUCAUUACCAGGUUCAGCUGCACCGAGGAGGGCGCGGCUUUCGCAACUCGACCUAUGCCAUGAUGGGGGCGCGGGCACGUGUCGAGCAGAACCUGGAUCCAGUGGAUGACCAUGGGCAUUUCGAAUAUACGGACAGCUUCAUGUGUAGGUACGAGUCCCUGUCGGAUGAUUGGAAAGUGGGAGGUGUCCUCUGGGUAGGGGAACAUCGCAAAACGUCCUCAUCCGAUGUGAGGGUCUCAGCUCAUAGCGCGGCCUUUGGAUACGAGGAAGCGCUGCGAGGUACCUUCAUGGAGGCUCCUCUGUUUCUGAUCGGAGGGGUGUUGGUGUGGCUCUUCUGCGGUUUUGCGAUGUACUUCAUCAACUUCGAGAACCACUCGUGGUGCAAUGCCACGAACUGGUUCACGGCGACGAUGUGCAUUGCCAGCGCAGUGCUUGCGGUGAUGGCUGCGGUGGGCCUGGCAGGCUUCUUGACGGUGCAGGGGCUGAGGCUUACAGCUUCGUCUCUCUAUGUGUCCUUCUUGAUCUUGGGCAUUGCUGUUGACGAUAUGAUGAUUUUGGCCGGACUCUUCUUCGAGGCUCCCAAGGAUCACUCCUUGGCUGAGAGGCUUGCGGCCAGCUUCGGCUCGGCAGCAGCAUCCAUCACCCUCACCAGUGUCACCACUUUGGCUGGCUUUCUGGCCGGGAGCGCCGUGGACAUGAUUUGGAUUAGUUCCUUCACCCAAGUGGGGGCACUUGCAGUCCUUGCGGACUAUGUGAUCCAACUCACUUUCUUCGCAGGUGCCUUUGCCGCGUUUCAGCGAGGCUUUGGCAAGCUGGACAGAUCUACGAAAGAUCGAGGCCACGCUCAUUCCGCCUUGGAGAAGUAUGCCAGGUGGUCGGCCCACAGUGGAGCAUGCAAGGCCAUCACGCUGUUUCUGUUCAUCGUGCUGCUGUUCGUGUCUCUCUAUGGAACACAGAGCUUAGAGGCGUCCUUUCAUCUCAAGGUGCAGAUGCCUGAUGAUUCACACUACCAUGUCUUCAUGCAGGAUGGCGUGGAGUACAUGGGAGAGUUCGGGCAAAAUAUGGUGUACUUGAUGAUGGAACACCAAGUUCUCCCAGGCCCCGAUGUUCUCAGAGCCACAGCGGAGUAUGCACAGCGCAUCCGAGAGCUGAAUGGCCAGAAGCCCUACCUAGCAGCUUCAACAGACUGGACGGUGGCGAUGCAGCUGUGGAUGGCAAUCCAGCCUCUUCCAGAGCGCUUGCGAGUGCGCACGAACGCCACAGCAUUCGGUGCAGCAAUCGAAGAGGCAUUGGAUGGCACCCUUCGAAAUCAAUACGGAGGAUUGGCGAAACAGUUUCAAGACGUUGGCGUGGCCUAUGCUUCAAGUGGCCUGGCAGUGCAAGCGGCGCUGGCCGAGAUAGCUGGCAUGGCUCAAGACCUACACCUGGGCCCACACCAAUCGCUUGCAAGCGCAAGGCCCACCCUGCAUGCAGUCCAGGUUGCCCUCAACACAACUCGUCACGCCUAUGGCAACUUUACUCAAGACCUCGGCUUGACCCUGCAGACUCUACUGGGCGACGCGCUCGCCCACAUCGACGCUGCGGCGGAUGCGUAUGACGCCGGACCUGCCAACUUCUCGGCAGCCGAGGCUUUUCUGCAACAGGCUGCUGCCACCUUCGCGUCGCCCACUCCCGUGGCUACAUUGAAUUGCACAGCCAUUGACCAUCUGGAGGAGGUAGCAACACAACUUCUCCAGUCAAUCUAUGCUUUCAACUCCUCUUUGCAGGUGCGGACUCAGCGAACUGUGGCUGCUUUGAGGCUUGCAGCUACAAGCUUCCACAAUGCUUUGUCAAGUGAUGAUCGGCUCCUGGCGAAGUAUAGCCUGCAGUUCGGGCAACGAGAGUUUCUGAGAAGACUUGGUGACUUAAUGGCGUACAUGGCUGACCCUUAUGUGGAAGUCGUUCUAGCGCAGUGGUGGAACACCACUCUUUUUCCGAUGGAGCUGGUGGGCAUCCACGCAAGGAAUACGGCAAAGACAUUAAAAGCCAUGCAGCGAACCGCGGAAACUCUUGCUUCCCAGCCCUUGGCUCCUCUGGCUGCAGCUUGCACGGAGAUGCGGAUUGCUUUGGGCGCUUCCCCUGAUGCUAGCGUGAAUUCUGCAGCCACCCGGGCAUUUGGGCACCAGGUGGCAUCAGCAGCAGCCUAUGCAGGAGAUGAGUCCAACUUGGCCCAUCUUGAGCAGCACUACGAGUCUGGAGCUUUCAGAGAUCCGGGAGCAGAUGAUGAGUGCUCCCCGCAAGAUGUCGUUAUAGAAAGCCUGCGUCGCGGCAUGGCGUAUGGAGUUGCUCACUACCGCUCCUCUGUGGUUUGGAAUGCCUUUUCGAACUACUCCAUGGCAGAGGCCAAGAGGUGGUUGACAAAUGUCAUUGGCCGUUCCGUCGACAUGAACACACCACAAGCAGCGAGCGCCACCCGGAGGUUCAUGGGCCGCCAGUGGCUCUCCCUGGCGGGUGAGCGGGAGCAGGUCACACGCGAGCGCGCAGCAGCGCGCAAAGCAGACCAGGCCCGCAGAGCUGUUGCUGCUGCUCGCCGUAUGCGCUUGGCCAGGGAGGCGGCCGCGGAGGUGUGGGAAGAUGUAGACAACUAUGAGGAGAGCUUUGGCACGGAAAUGGAGACCGUGGUGUACAAUGACGAUCUAAAGACAGGUUUGCUCAAGGCGCACGAGGUGAGGCGGCCGGGGUUCCCGCGGAGCGUGGACGCGAACCAAUCUUGGCAAUUGUUCCAGAGUUUCUUGAGCAAGGACUUCCAAACGAUGUUGCUUGAUGAUCUGGAAGAAGCGGACCCAAGAGAACAGGGUUCUGUGAUGCUGAACAGACAACUUGCUGCACAGAUGAGGAGAAUUCAGAGAGCAAGCUCACGUACGCGCAGCUUUGGAGACCGCAUGUGGAGUUGGUCUGCUGCUGCCUGGGAAACUAAGGAAUCAUUCCUUUCGGCCUUCACCUUGAACGACAUGUUGCAAGAGAGGCAAGCGGCAAGAGAUGCCAGGUACGGAGACAGAAGUGAGAACUACUUCGACUCAAUCCAUGCCUACGGAAUGGCAGAUGGCAGCUUGCCCGGUGAGUUUCUUGCAGCGGAUGUGGAGAGGGUGAAGUCCACACGCCAGCUUUCCUUGGAAGCUGGUGUCUCGCAGGAAGCAUGGCAGGGCAUGGAGGAUCAGGCCAACAAUGCCAAUGAAAGCCAACAGGAGGGGCAAGAGCCAAAAGGAACAACGCCAAGCACCGAUCAAGAGACCCCUUCCGGCGCAACGUCUUUGCUGCAACUUCUUGAAGCUUUUGUCAGCGGCAAAAGAAGUACGCCUGCACCUGACGACAUGAAGAUCCAGAUUGCAGAGCUUCACAAUGACGACUUGCGAUGGAGUGCUGCUCAACGCGAGGAGCUCGAAGAUCUCCGAGACGCAAGCCGCUUGAGCCAAAUGGAGGACGGACUCAUCUAUGCCUACUUUGCACAGGCAGGGGCAUGGCUUCAGGCCCUGGGCCUCGACAACCUGACGUCUCUGUCUCCACUGUAUCCGGAGCUGUACCUGUCAUUUCUAGGCCAGGCCAGGCGGCAUCUGGAUGAAAUGGAGCAAGACAUGAGAUACAAAUCUGGCACUUUGACUGACAUGGACUUCGACGUUCUGGCGAUGGAUCUCGAGCGAGCGGCGUCCAACUUGACACAGUCAAUUGUGACGCUCUUAUUCAACAAAUCGUCAGUUGACACGUUCGACACUGCCAAGGUCUUCAUGGAUGGAGCAGUUGUGAACCAAGCCAUGGCCGCUUAUGUCAAGCCAGACAUUGUAUUGGAUGAGGAUGCCGGCCGCGACCGGCAGGGCCUGACGCGAGUCUACUGGACAAGGGUGCAAAUCCCGUUUCGAGCCAAGGCUACCUGGACCGAAGCAGGCUUCGAGGAGGAUUACAAGGAAAGCCUCGAAGCGCGUCGGUUGGCUCAUGAAUGGGCCUCGGUUGUGAAAGACAUGCAAGAGCGCCACACGAACUAUUGGAAGGAUGUCUCCAUGGGCGACCCUUGGGAGGUGCGAAAGACUUUGGUCUCGGGAUACAUCUUCAGGUUGCUAGACUCCAAGCAAAACUUACUGAACAAUACCAUGGCAAGCUUGAUCUACGUCAAUAUCUUGGUGGCGGUGUUUUGCUUCAUAUUCUUGGGACCACGCCUGGGGGUGCUGCUGGCGCCGUGCAUCGCCUUGAUGACGGUGGUCACCUUCGGUCUUUACGGCCUGUGUGGCUUCAAGAUUAAUCCUAUCCUGUCUCUGGCCUUGCUGAUUUCUUCUGGCACCACGGUUGACUUUGUCCUUCAUUUCGUGGUGGCGGCUGCAGCCUGCACGCCCGCCAAUCCCAAGAUCCAUGUCUCAGGCUCCCAGCGGUACAUUGUCGCGAUGAAGAGUGCGGGUGUUGGCAUCUUUGCUUCGUAUGUGACCACUUUGGCAGGAAUUAUGCCAAUGGCAUUCGCGCGGCUAAGCUCCAUUCGCUCGCUUUUCAUGUCUUAUGUCAUCAGCCUGAACGUCGGAGCCUUCUUUGGCCUGGUGUUCAUCCCUCUGGUCUCCAUCUAUGUCUACGGUGUUGAUUUUGCCCCCCGAGGUGCAAAGAAAGCUCAGAAGGCACAGAGCUUUGAAGUGCGAGGCUCCGGCACCCGCCCGGUGCAAAACAAAGCGGAGGAGCCGAAAGGCUCGGCAGAGUACUGA